CCAACUGCAGCAUUUCUGAGCAUGGAUAUGACUGUCACACCCUGGGAGAUCAAUCUCACAACAACCCAUGGAAGUGAUCAACAGUUUACGGAGAACAUAAUCCUGAAAGUACUUACAGUCAUCGUGGCCCUGGUGGGACUGGCAGGGAAUGCAGUGGUGCUCUGGCUCCUGGUCUUCUGCAUCCGCAGGAAUGCCUUCUCAGUCUACAUCCUCAACCUGGCGGGGGCCGACUUCCUCUUCCUCUGCUACCAACUUAUAUCUAUCCUAGUUUCACUUUUUGACGUCAAUUUUUUCCUUGGAGUAAUGGACAACUUUCUCUUGCCUGUGGCAAUCUUUGCCUACAUCUCUGGCCUGAGCUUUCUCAGCACCAUCAGUACAGAGCGCUGCCUGUCUGUCCUGUGGCCCAUCUGGUACCGUUGCCGCCGCCACAGAAAACUAUCUGCCAUCAUAUGUGCCCUGCUCUGGGCUCUAUCCCUGUUGCUGAGCAUGCUGGAAGGAUACUACUGUGGCUUCCUGGCUGUCAAUGGGCAUAAAGUUUCGUGUCAAGUGUUAGAUUUCAUCACUGUGGCAUGGUUGAUGUUGUUAUUUGUGCUGCUCUCUGGGUCCACCCUGGCCCUGAUGACCAGACUGCUGUGUGGUUCCCACCGGGUGCUGCCCACCAGGCUCUAUGUGACCAUUUUACUCACAGUGCUGAUCUUCCUCCUCUGUGGCCUGCCCUUUGGCAUCUACUGGUUCCUCAUAGCCUGGUAUCAAGAUUUUGAUGCCUUCCUUCCUCAAUUCAAAGCGACAGUUCUCCUGUCCUGUUUCAACAGCUGUACCAACCCCAUCAUAUACUUCUUUGUGGGCUCCUUCAGGCAGCAAUGGUGGAAGCAGAGACACACCCUGAGGGUGGUUCUCCAGAGGGCUCUGCAAGACACUCCUGAGGUGGAUGAACCUGGAGAAAGCCUUCCUGGGGAAACCAUGGCCAUGUCAGAAAGUCUGGUGUUCUGAUUCAGAGUCUUGCUUUGUUCAGACAGGUUUGACUUUGAAAGCCAGCUUUGUCCCUCUCAUUUGAUUGGUUUUCCUACCGUGUUUACUUCCUGGACCCCUGCAUUAAAAUAAUUAACAUAAUAAUCCAGCUCCAGAGGAUGAAGUGAGACAGUACCUGUUAGACAAACACAGAUUGCAAGGUCCCAGGACUGCCUCACCCAGGGCCUUCACCCCAUGCCCAUGGGAGC